AGUUAUGUGAUUUUUUAUGUUGAUUUAAAUUAGAAACUUUUCAAUUAAAAAUGAAAACAAAAUGCCUUUCUGUGUUAAUGGUAUUAUGUACUAUUCUCCAACUUGCUUCUUUAAGGAAACACAGUCUGGAAAUAAAUAAUGAUGCUCGAAAAUAUAUACCAUUAAGUACUUUUGGGUUUUACCUAGGGGGCUAUUUAGAUGUUAAAGUAUUAAAUUUUAAGACCAAUCCGGAGGAUAAAAAGGCUAUGUUUGGUUUUAGUCUUGAUAGAACCAAAAUAUCAGCUGUUGAUCCAUACUUAAACAAAAAUGAGGACCAUUGUGUACUUACUGAUGCCAUAAGACCACCUCAAGAUGCAAUUAUCACACAUAUUAUUCUGGAUUUGGAAAAUAAAACAAUGAAAAUAGAUUGCAAUAAUGAUGAAAUUCAUAUUUAUCAUGAAUCCGAUGAAAAAAAAACAUACACAUGUAAAAAUUUAUCCUUUCCAAUGACUUCAAAAGUAAAGAAUGGGGUUACCUAUUACAAUGCAUCUUUUCAUAUGAGUGUAGAAACCAUUAAGGAAGAAGGUUUAUACAACUUAUAUUUCCACAACUGCCCAAACUAUAAUCCAUCAAAAGAAACUUAUGUGGACUGUACUGUUCAAAUAACUGAAAAAAAUACAAGCAGCUUUUUGUCGGCUGGAGAAAUGCCUUUGCCUGCUUUAUAUUGCAUGAUGUCAAUUUUGUUUAUGCUUUCUGGAAUGUUUUGGGUGUUUUUAUUAAGACAAUCCAAACACCCUGUAUUUAAAAUCCAUUACAUGAUGACUGUGUUAGUGUUUCUCAAAGCAAUAUCGUUGGCUUUCCAUGGAGUUAAUUACCAUUACAUUGAGAGUUUGGGAGUGCAUUUGGCAACAUGGGCUAUCCUAUUUUAUGUAGCCCAUUUACUUAAGGGGGCUCUCCUUUUUGUCGUAAUUGUUUUGGUGGGAACUGGUUGGACGUUUAUAAAGCAUGUACUUACACCCAGAGAUAAGAGAGUUUUUAUGGCCAUUAUUCCACUGCAAGUUUUGGCAAAUGUGGCUGAAAUAAUUCUGGAAGAGAGUGAGGAAGGUGCAAGGGAAUACACUGCAUGGAGAGACAUUGUUAUUCUUGUUGAUUUAUUAUGUUGUGGGUGCAUUUUGUUCCCUGUGGUUUGGUCUAUAAGACAUCUACAGGAAGCUUCACAAACUGAUGGUAAAGCUGCUCUGAACUUAAGAAAGUUAAAGUUGUUUAGACAUUUUUAUGUCAUGAUUGUUUGCUACAUUUACACCACAAGGAUUAUUGUGUCCUUGUUGAAAAUGACUGUUACAUUCCAAUAUGAAUGGCUACAUGAAAUGUUCAGAGAGAUGGCAACCUAUGUAUUCUUUGUUUUGACUGCUUACAAAUUCAGGCCUGCUUCACACAAUCCCUACUUUGCCUUGGAUGAAGACGAUGAUGAUGUAGAAGAAGUUUUAACUUCUUCUGGAGCUACUGAGGGUUUAAAAAGUGUAAACAAUAGAGUGAACAAGAAGCCUUUACACACAACUCUCACUGAAGUCACAGAAGAAGAAAAAGAUGCUUUGCUCUCGCAAAGGGAGAGCAGCCACGACUAUGACUAAGCUUAUGUAUUUUCUAAAAUUUGUGAACUAGUAUUUUUUUGUACUGUGAUAGAUAAUGGACCCUCAAUAAAAACUAUUUAAGUGGAA